AUGCAAGCAGAAUUGAGCAGCAAUCGCACUAACUGUGCACUUUGCUUGAGUCAGCUGAAAUACCCGUACGGCAAGCCAGGAGACUGCAGCCAUUUGUUCUGCUUUGAUUGUAUCGACGACUGGAUGAAGAAGCGAUAUGAAUGCCCGCUAUGCCACAGAGCCACUAGCCAUAUUGUCCAAAUUGGCCGAAGCGGAUUCGAAACAAAGACGUCGGCGGAGAGCGGGACUGUUCAGGAGUUUGAAGCUGAGUUGGCUGUUCACGAUGAAGAGGACGGCAAAUCAUCGAAAAAAGUGGGCAGUGUAACAGUCGCGCAUGCAAGCUGCCAU